UGUUGUCACUAGGUGAAAGAGGGAGUGUGAGGGAAGGAUCGAGUCCCAGAAGUGGAGAGAAGAGAUAGCUGUAUGUACACAUAUGCACCAGCUCGCCUUGCUCUGUUCUGUGGAUUAUUGUUAAACCUUUUACAUAUAAAGCACUAAGGAAGUAUUGGCAUGAGCAGGUGUUGGUGUUUGAGAGCCGGGGUAAGGACCGACAUGAGCCAUGGACAGGAGCAGAAGGACAGACAGUAGUAGAUGCAUCCAGAAAACCAUCCGCAGUAGUCCAGGCAGGAUCAGCAGAAUGCCGAGUCUUCAGCUCCUCUGAGUGGACACGCCGUCCCCUCGUUCUCUUCACUUGGGGCCAGGGAAGCAGAAUGCUCAGUCCUGUCACCCCCUACAGUCUGUUGAAGAUGCACUGGUCUCCGGAGCACGCUGCUGCCCUGUCCCAAUGGCCUGAGCAGCACCUUGACGUUUCUUCCACUACAUCGCCACCCUCUGCCCUCAAACACGACCCCUAUGGCCCUGGCCGCCGCGGCUACUCACCCUCAGGCUACCCCUGGGCCAGUGACGACAUCUCGGCCCUCACUGCUUCCUCCCUGCUUAAACGCUAUGCCGAGAAAUAUUCAGGACUGGAGCUAUCCUAUGAGCGGCCUGCCACCGGGGCCUACUCAGAGCCUGGAACUUUCCUAAAAAGCGAGUCUGAACCUUGGGCCUUGAGCCAAGGCAUGGAGUGUUACCCUGGACUGGAGGCACUGGCAGCGGGGGCCAAAGUGGGCACAGGCCCAGGUGGUGUGACAGUGGUGACCUCUGACCCUGGCUACAGCGGAGUGGGCUCCUGCAGCGCCCCUCCCUCUCAGGACUACCCCCCUGCCUACAACAGCACCUAUCUGUCCUCAGGAUACUGCCCUCAGCCCAGUCCAGCACUUCCCCCGGCACCCCUUCACUCCCUGCAGUCCAGCUACAACCCUACCAGCCCUGUCUACAACUACCCUCCAGGAUGCUACCCUCACCCCCAGACCAGCCUAGCCUCAGGCUACAGCCACCCCAGUGCCUCGUAUCUGCCAUCUGGGCUGAGUGCUCCGACACCCCUGGCCCCCAGGCCCACAGUGGUGGGGGGCAGCUACGGCUACGCCUCUCAUAGCCUGGGCUCCACCGGCUCAGAUUCCGGGGGGGCUCUGAAACGCAAGGCUUUUGAUAUGGCAGAGGAGGAGGAGGAAGAGGGGAGAGAGGGGGAGGUCGCGCGCUACAGGAAGUAUGGCAAUGACCAAGGAAACGGGCCCCCAAAGAGCCACGGCAAUGGCCAUAGCAAUGGCUAUGACCUGAGUGUGUCAGACAGCCAGGCCUACAAGCCAGGCAAGCCGCUGGUGUCGCCUCCAUAUGGCGGGGCAGGGGAGUACAGCCCCCCCCCAGGGCCGGUGGGGGAGGCUGCAGCAGGGGAUCGGGGGUUCCCUCAGCAGCAGAGGCUGUCCAUGAAGAUGCCUGCUUUACGUGCGCGGUCGGAAGAUGCUACUGGAGGUCGCUAACGGUAACACCUGAGACAAGCAGCAGAGGGAGUCCCGCUGCUGUCCUGGGAGGCUACUGUGAUGGAGCAUCAGUACAACCAGGCAGAACAAGAAAAGAGCAGAAUCUUUACAAUGAGGAUUCAUUUGACACAACAAAGCAUAAGGAGAACUAAGUUUAUUAUCUCUUCAUCUUCAUCAGUCUUCAGCAUUCAUAUUUCUUUAAAAAGUCUACAGGAAGUUGGUCCUGUCAUGUUAGUGUUAGGGUAUAAGGGUUUAGUUAAGAGCACUGUCCUAAACCUGUCAGUCAGAAUGCGCUGACUGGCUCUCUCAGGAUCCUAUUUAUUCCACAUCCGCUAUUAUGGACAGUGGCAUUGCAAUGUUGUUGCUUUACAAAUGUUAGAUGCUCUCUCUUGGUGUGAGUGGCUAUGAUAUGGGCUCUUAACUGCAAUAUUGAAUAUCACACACUAUGAUCAUUAUAUUUACCCAUACCAAAAUGCAAAGAAGACAAUUUAUUUGGUGUGCUUUAUCAUGCUACUUCAGCACAAUCACUGACAGCUCUUUUACAAAUUGAGACGCUUCAACAUGAAUGUCCCCCUUCCCCUUACUUUACCUCUUGAUGAUCAUCUGUAAACUCUCUUUAUUUUUUCUCAGGUCUGUUAGAUGCGCUCUCUUUCAUUUUCUCCAUACCUACCUCAUUCAGUUUUCCAAGGCAGCAAUCUACAUAGCGAACUUUUCACAAUAUUCACAUCUAAGAGAAUUGGAGGUUGAGAACAAAGAUUUGGAGGUAAAAAAUGUGUGAGUGGUUGUUAAUUUUACAUGACAGUACACUGUACUUCCUACAGUUCAUUAGUUAACAUGCAGUUUAGUUCGGAUGUACUGUUGAAUAGCAGAACACUUACUUAACUACUCUUAAAUCUUCAAAUCAAACUGCCAGUAUUUUUCAUUUUACAUAUUUCUUUGGUCUUUUUUGCUUCUCAGAAGAAUUAUAUGUAGUCGUUAUUGAAUACUCAGGAAAAAUAUUGUUACCUCAGAAUUUAAAAAAAGAAUGUAUGUAUUACCUUAGGGUGUUUAGGGAGCUUUAUUGAGAAUGAGAUGGAGUCAAGGCUUUGAAGAAUUUGAAAACUUGCUGCACUCGUCAGGGAAAACAGAAGGGCUGUCAACAUUAACGUGUGCUCUCACACACAUAUGCAUUGAUACAUACAGUAUAUGUACAUGUGCAGUACAGGACAUGCAUGCAAUCAGAAAGACAUCAGCACCUACAUCUAUGAGACAAUGACUAUUUACACGUAGGCAUAGUUUCUGUCCCUCGCACUCUCUAUCAUACACACACGAAAAUAAAUAUAGUUAGCAGCUUUAAAAAAUACCAGGCACUGACAAAAAUAUCCUCACACAUGCACACACACAAACAUAUACACAGGCACAUAUACAGCGUUAUAAAUGUAAAAAAACCUACUUCCUUCAAGCUCAGAUUCAGGAAGUUUGAUUGUUAACAAGGUCUGAAAUGAUGAAUGUAAAUCAGAUAUUUUUCAAAAGGAUAAUACAUGCCAUAAUGUACAUCAAUGUUGUUUUUAGAUAUAUGAAACAUAUGUUCUUUGUGUAUAGAUUUUAUUUCUCUCAUUGGUUUUGGUGGAGUAAUUACUUUCAGUAAGUGUUAUGUAGUUAGCAAAAGAAAAAAUCACUUUUGAUGGACAAACUUACAAACUAUAAAGCUUUACUUGUCAAAAUAUGCAUAUAAAUAUCCUUAUCAAUGUAAGUUCAUAUCAUUGAAAGUAGUUAUUAUCUGAUAGUAAAAAUUAUCUUAAUUAGUAGACCCAUGUUUUAUUUGCUAGACCCAGUUGCUAACUUUUCCACCUUCCCCUAGUAUUCAUUGUCAUAUACAUAGUGUUUCUCUGAUCAAUGUCCUGUUGUCAGCACAUAUUUUAAUAUUACAUAGACCCAUUAUACCCAGAGACUUUACAGUCUUUCACGGUCAUCUUGGACCUGUAGAUUUUCCCUAUGGAGUUAUGGAAAAUACUAAAUCACUAGCAGAGUUCUAUAUUUCUCUGAUACAAAUAAGUAUUCACUCAGUAAAUAGAAACAUUAUUAUUUUACUUCAAAGCCAUCAUGUGACUUCACCCUAUCACUUAAUACUUGUGUGUGAGGCGUGCCAUAUAUUUUCUGAACGCCAUAAUACCAUAAAUGCCACUAAUUGUGAGUAAGUUGAUUCAAAUUUAAUUAACCCAAGAAACAUCUGUGCAUAUAUACAAUAUAUGAAAGAAAACAAGUCAUUGCUGUGUAUUUUACUGUGGAGAUACAUGUAUUACAUUAUUGUGAGUCUUCUGCCAUAGGAUAUUCUCUAAGUUUGAAAACCUGUAGAUUUUGCAGCUACAGUCAUUUGGAGAAUCAGAUACUAAGACUAUAAGAACAGUGUUCCUAUCUAAAGCCUGAUCUAGUUCAUUUGUUCAUCAGCACUGAAUGAUACAGAAUAUAAAUAGUAUUUGAGGCUGCUGGUAAAUGGGACCGUACCUCCAGGUUUAGACAUGUUGCUUAACUUGCAGAACUUAAACCUUACUGACAGAGGGGUGUAUGAUAAGGCACAGGUCAAACUGGAAAAGUAUGGUAGUCAAAGGAACAAAAACAAUGCAAGUUUAGUCCAAGAACAUGGACUGGUGUGUCAUAAGCGCUUAGCCUGCUACCACUAUAUGCUCUUCUACUCCAUCACAUUGAAUGUAUUCUCUAUUGGACAAGAUUAACAACUGUGAUUGUUUGGGUUUCUGCGGCAGACAAGUUUGUCCAACAAAAGUGGAGUGUUAAACCUCUCUUUGAUACAGUAGUUCCUUUGUUGUAGUUUUUUGAACAUUCUCUGUAACCCUUUCUACCUCAUUUUGAAGACGUUGUACGUGUCCUUUCACAUGUCUGUCAAGAAGAAAUUAUGUUUAUUCUUGAACUGUUAGUCUACCUCAGAAAGACUAUUUUGACAGAAGAUUGUUUCAUGGAAAUGAAGAUAUGCCAAAGUUGU